CAACUUCAGAACGCGCAUGCGCUGAUUUCAGAACAGAAAACAUGAUUGUCAGCGUGUUGUAUUAUGCGCUCUACCCACUGUCACGGUACUUGACCAGUCGACACUCAGAGGCCUCAAAGAAGGGUCUCCCUCCUGCUGUCGUUAAUGGCAAGACAGUGUGGCAUGGUGGUGCUGUCACAACCAGAAGCUUCACCGAGUCUCAGAAAACCCUGCUGGACCAGUGGCUCAGCCCGAGCAGUGAGACGAAGGGAGAAACGAAAGAAAGGAUGAAAGAACCAAGCCCAGAAAAGGAAGACGGAAUGAUGUCUGACAAAAAAUGGCCGAUGGCUGUCCUGUAUGAAGAAACAAAGAAUGAGGAUGCUUCAAAAAUGAGUGAGGUGACAUCUGCACAUAAGGAGAACGAAGCAGAGAUGAGAAGUGAACAGGAACAAGACAGAGUGGAAGCUCCCAAGCAAGUGGACAGGGAAAUAUCACAGCAAGAGCACAGAGAAAUAACUAUUCACCAUGAGAUGUUCCAUAUGAAGCAAAACACAGAGGAUGGAAGUAUUUUUCCAACUGAGGACGUAAGCCCCAAGCAAGCUCUUGGGGCAAAAUUAGAGUUCCUGCAAACAGAGGACAGCGCUCAACAAACCACCAGAUCAUUGCAGGAAAAGAUAAAAAGCUUGGAAGAGUCAGUAACUCCAGCUGUGCCAAGCAUACAAGAUACUACCCAUCCAGUACAAGAAGAAAUACAGAUACAAAACCUGGAAGAAUCCAUGGCUCCAGCUAAAACUACAGCUGAAGUAACUGAGUGCUGGGAUGAAUAUAUGGCUCAAACUGCUGAUGGUGGGGAAAGCAGUCCUGUGCCGUUACUUUCCUCCCUGCUCUUUAACACUCAAACCCUGCUACUCAGUGGGCAGCACGAUACACAGACCAGCUGGCACUUUCCUGCAGGACCUGGCCUGGCAGAAGAAGUGCAGUGCCCACUGUGGCAAUUUCCUGCCUUGAGCUAUUACCCUCCAAAAGAGACGAUAAUGCCAUUUGAAGUAGUGUGGAGAGUAUGGGAGGAUGUGGAUGAGAGUGCCACUGCCGCAGAUCCCUUCCCAUUCACAAAGGCCUCGAUGGACUUCACUGUUAUGUCCUACAACAUCCUUGCUGAAGACCUACUAGAGGCCAACCAGGAGCUGUACACACACUGCCCCCUGGAGGUGUUGGAUUGGAGCUACCGCUGCAGCCUACUCCUAGAGGAAAUAAAGAAAUGGGAACCAGAUAUUCUGUGUCUCCAAGAAGUUCAGGAGAACCACUACCAUGACCAACUGUAUCCAGUCCUGUCUCAGAUGGGCUACACCUGUGUGUACAAGCGGCGUACAGGGACCAAGACAGACGGCUGUGCUACGUGCUAUCGUAGCAGUUGUUUCUUUGAGGUGUCAGUCACCUCGCUGGAGUUCUUCAGGCCAGAGACGGAGCUGCUGGACCGGCACAAUGUGGGCAUUGUUUUGUUGCUUCGGCCAGUGGUCAUCCAGGGGUCAGAGGUCAGGGCAGAGGGCCCACCCCUCUGUGUGGCCAACACCCACCUGCUCUUCAACCCUAGCAGGGGUGAUGUGAAGCUGGCUCAGCUUGCCAUAAUGCUGGCAGAAAUCGACAGUGUGGUCAAGUCCUGUAAGGCCAAAGGCAAACCCUGUAACCUUAUCUUAUGUGGGGACUUCAACUCUGUCCCCCACACGCCUCUGUACCAGCUGAUCACCACCGGCGAGCUCUACUUCCAGGGUCUACCAGCAUGGAUGAUAUCAGGUCAAGAGGAUCAGUCACACAAAGCCUAUUGUCACACACUGUUUGCCCCCCUGUGGCCCAGCUCUCUGGGAAUCACUGACAGCUGCCAGUACACUACUGCCAAGGAGGCAUUGAAGAGCCAGAAUCAGAAAUCAGGGAAAGGUCAGUACAGCCAUGAGUUCAUGUUGCAGCUGCGCUUCUGUCCAGCUGCAUGUGUCCGUCCUCUGGACUUACAGCAGAUCCCAGGCGUGACAGACAACACACCAGAUGCUUCAAGGGGAAGUCAGUCUUAUAACAAAAGGUUCAGACGCACGAUCAGUCAUCGGUUAGACCUGGAAUCUGUCUACAAGCACGUUCUUCCAGGCUUUGGCAAUCCAGAAGUGACGACCCUGCACUCUGAAGCUGGAGCUACUGUUGACUACAUCUUCUACUCCCCUAGACGCGUCUUACCCAGUCAUCUAAACGCUAGUGACCUUGUGAGUGAAGGUCUGAAGCUGAUUGGUUCUCUCUCACUCCUAUCAGAGGAUGUCUUAUGGUCAAUGAGGGGCCUGCCCAAUCACAUAUUUCCCUCCGACCAUCUCAGUCUUCUGGCCAAAUUCCAGUUGGACCUGAAUUCAGCAUGACAGAAAAAGACUGGGUGAACUAGAUGAUGUCAGAGGAUGAGCAAAUUUCAGUUCAAAUGAUUCAGGGCUUACUCGGUUUUUGGUUGUUUGUCUGGCAUCAAGGGAUUAUAGUUUUCUAACUGAAUAGAAGUUAAUAUGCUGUAAUCUUUCAUUUAAAAAUGCAGG